UCCUGGAGCUGAUGAGCGCAGAAUAUUUAGGCGAAAGCGAGAGGAGGGGGGAGCGCGGGGCAGGAGGAGUACCUCGCCAAGAAAAUUAUGCAUGCGUUAGGGAAGCUCUGAGAGAAUGGCUGUGGAAGCUCUCCACUGUGGUUUGAAUCCACGGGGUAUUGAUCACCCUGCCCGUGCUGAAGGUAUUAAACUGCAAAUUGAAGGUGAAGGUGUGGAAUCUCAAUCUAUUAAAAACAAAAAUUUCCAGAAGGUGCCUGACCAAAAAGGAACCCCCAAGCGGCUGCAGGCAGAAGCUGAGACAGCUAAGUCAGCGACGGUAAAGCUGUCAAAACCAGUGGCUCUGUGGACCCAGCAGGAUGUCUGCAAGUGGUUGAAGAAACAUUGUCCAAAUCAGUAUCAGAUCUACAGUGAGUCAUUCAAACAGCAUGACAUAACUGGGCGAGCCCUGCUGAGACUCACGGACAAAAAGCUUGAGCGAAUGGGGAUUGCCCAGGAGAACCUCCGGCAGCACAUUCUACAACAGGUGCUCCAGCUGAAGGUGCGCGAAGAAGUCAGAAACCUACAGUUACUCACACAAGCCUCAGCCGAGGGUUCUCCAUAAACACGGUUAGCCUUCCAAGCUGCUGUCCUGCCAAUUGAUGUGAACAUGGCCUGUUCCUCACAGAAAGACUAACUCAUGGCACUGCCAGAAGAGAUCCUUGGAGCAUUGACAGAUUAACUGGAUUAACUGAAAAAACACCCAUUCAGUCAAGAUUAUGGGCUUUGGAAAAAUCUUAGUUUGCUGUGGAAUUUAAAUGAGGUGCAUAAUAUACAGUGCCAACUCGUUCCAAGUGGUCAUUGGCAGACCAUUAGCUGGAAAAUUGCUUCCAGUUUUCAUCACUGUGCAUAACUCAAGCUCCCUUUAGGGAGCUGUCUGUGCCCUUCACUAGAAGUCCUGUUUUAGCAUGGCAACUACUGGAUUAUUUUAUUAUGUGUGCAGAUGGCAUGAUGUUUUAGAAAAAAAUUACAGCAGUUCUGCAAUCUCAGUGGAAGUGUUCACAAUAUUAUGCCCUGGUAGGAAUGGAAACAUGUCUCGAUUUGUUAGUUAUGAUGUCUAAAGGUAUUCUGUCCAACUCUUAAGCACUUUAUAUGAGAGCACUAAACCGAGACAAAUUAGCACAUUCAGCACAUGUGAGAAAACAAGCAUUUUCCCUUUUCUUUUAUAAAUCUUGUCUUAUUUCUGGCUCAGACUGUCUAAGACAAACUCCACUAGUAGUAUAUGCCCAGUUAUUUGUGACAAAUCAGUGUAAAUUUGGCCACAAUACUGUUAGACUUAACCUCUGGACACUACAGAAUAACUGGAUGACUUACAGCACCAAAGGGAGGCAGGAGAGGCUCCUGGUGAUUGUAAUGUCUUAGUUCUUGGUCGCUCGUACCUACGCAUAACCUCCCACAUACAUAUACAAAUACUCAAAUGCAGGAGGCUUCUGUCUGACCCGUGUACACAUUCUCUCAUUCGGCAGAGUUCUUCCAAAGAAAUGAAGGGAGUAGCCUUCUUUGAAUCAAAGACCAUGGUGGACUGAUGGUGGAGGUAGUAGAAUGCAAUCUGAUUUUAAUGUUUUGGAAAGUUCCUAGGUCAAAUUCAAAUCAUAGAUUCUCUGAAAGGAAAAAAUAGCAAGUGAGCCCACUGUGUGCCCAGAGAAAAAAAAGGGUUCAGUCCCACACUGGAUUUCUUUCUUAAUAGAAACCUACUAGUCCCUUUGAGUCCUUCCUGGGAUUAUGCCAUACCUUUUAUUCUUUUUUUUUUUUUUUCUAUGUCUUACAGCAAAGCACAGUCCUGGGAAACCUGUCAAGUUAAUGAUUGAUUGUCUUUGUGAAUUAGAGGAGAAGUGUUCAUGUUGACUAACCCUACCAUAAGGCUUUAGUGGGUUGUUUUUUUUGUUUUUUUGUUUCUUUUUCCUGAAAGUAUAAAGUUGGCUGAAUCAAAAACUCAGCAAAGUAUAUUCUCUGUGCCUGCUAUCCCAGUCUGGGACUGACAGGCCUCAGAAGCUUUUCUUUAAAAUACAUGUGACGACUUCUGGAACUUUGCUAGCACAGGCAAGCUUGGCGUGCCAGGGUGUCUCCAGAUAUGUACUCAUUGUCUGCCUCUUCUUGAGGUCUCAAGAAAUGCGCAACCAUUUGGAAACUACCCCCGCCUGGAAUCUGGAAAUCUGAAAGGAAAGGGGAGACACAUCCAAGUGUGAUUCAGGUGAAUCACCAACAGGAUGGCUCAUCACAAGCUGCCAGGCUACAGAGUCAGAAGCGGGGACUUCCCACAGGAAACUGGGAGAAUUUUUAGACUCUUCUGAGACUUGACCUUGUGACAGGUCAACACCAGGACUAUCAAGCCCCCAACAGACCUUAAUUCUCUACAAUCUAGGAGAUGGAGGCCAUACCCUGGCUGCCAGUGCUCCUGGAUAUAACAUCCCAGUCUCCACUUUCCCCCUUUGAGGUUCAAUUCCAACAGCAGGGCUUCCUCUUCCUUUCAUUCCCUUCUUUACUCAGCAAACAUUAACUGAGCACCUAACACAGGCCAAGCUAUGGGUUAGUGCAACAAGUGUGCGAGGCAGGCUCUCCCUGCCCUUUGAGAGUGUAUCUUCUCCUCUAGAACAGUAUCACCACCAUACCUUUCCCACAGUGAACACUUAAUUUAGACAGCAUUUACCCUCUGCCAGAGUAACCCAGGAAAACACACGUGGCAGCAGGCUCUGAGCGAAUGGGCUACAGAAGAAGAGGUGGUUGACAGCAUUGGGUCACGAAUCUGCACCUGCCCACCCUCCCAGGGUCCAGACUGAGGUGGUUAGAGCUUUCCAAAGCAGCUUUCCAUUACUUUCUUUGCUGUCUACCUUGGCUACCUGUAGUCUUAUCCUUUAUAUGAGCACAACCACAUCCCUAGGCUGGAUUCUCUGAAGCCCCAAUUCUGUAACUUGUCCUCAGGACACAGAAUGGGCUGGAUAAACACUAAAGAACUACUGCCAGGUCCUGAAAUACGGUAGCUGGGAACUCACUGUUAUAGCCACAGACAUUCUGGGUCUACUGCAGAUGCCCUUAGAAAACUGGACACGCUCCGUGGUGCAAAUGUUCCCUAAAUGACAGUGGUUCAUUAUUACAUGUUUUGGCUUUUGCAAAAUAUUUCUUAUGAUUAAAUAAGUAGAGUU